AUGGGCAUCUCUGAAGGUGCUUCCCAGGAUGCGAUCAAGAAGGCCUACCGGGCCUUGGCCUUGACGGCUCACCCAGACAAGCAGGCCCAAUUGGAACCACUGGAAGCGAAGAAGGUGCAGGAGAACUUUGUCAAGAUUCAGGAAGCUUAUGAGCUUCUGUCUGAUCCUUCCAAGCGAAAACAGUAUGAUUCCAGCCUGGAUUUCGACGAGAGCUUGCCCAAAUUUCGGCCUGACAGCGGCCAAGAUUUCUUCCAAGUCUUUGGCGAGGUCUUUCGCCGCAAUGCGCGCUUCUCUGUCAAGCGGCCUGUGCCCGAUUUGGGAAGCUUGGAGGACGAGCCUAGAGUGUGGAAGCGGUUCUAUGACUUCUGGUACGGCUUCCAAUCGUGGCGAGACCCCGUAAUGCUUGCGCAGAAAGCCGGAGAAGAGAUCUGCGACCUGGAGGAAGCUGAGUGCCGUGAAGAGAGGCGCUGGAUGAUGAGGGAAAACCAGCGCGUGGCGCGGCAGUACAAGCAGCAAGAGCAAAGCCGGAUCGCGAAGCUUGUGAGUUUAGCCGAGUCCUUUGAUCCCAGGAUCCAAGCAGAGAAGGAGGCCAAGCGCCUUGCUCGUCAAGCCGAAGCUGCCAAACGAGAAGAGGAUAUGUUUCCCCCUGCAUUUUAUGGCCUUGAACGGCUUGUGGCAAUGUUACCCCACAGCGCAAAUUUCGAGGAGCAGACAGCUGCGCGGCGCGCAAAGGAGGAGGCAAGGACCCGAAGAUCCGCCUUGACCUUCCUUUGUUCUUCUUUCUCCUCUGCCUGGUUCGUUUCUGGCGGCUUUGAUGCUCCCUACGAGAGAAAGCUUGUAGGUUGCGCAGCUCCAAAGCCAUACAGCGGUUCGGUCAAUCGUGCGACAAUGAAGUGCUCACACGGGAGCCUGAAGAGUGAACAGGAGCACUUGGAGCACUUGAAAACCACCCUUCAGUUUCCAUCCGACCACGAGAAGGACGAGGAGGCCACGGAGACGCAACCCCUCCUUGGAGUCGAAGACACCUUUUCAAAGUCCACAAAGCGGAAACAGAAGUACAGUACACUGAACCUGGACUCCUUGGGCAUGCCAUUUCAGGAAAGACUAGCAAGGGCGCAGAUUCUGCUCGACAUGGACAGGCAGUCAUGGAUCAGCAAGAAGAUCACGGAGUUUUUGGAGGAUCCAGAUUCCAGUGCAUGCGCCCUCUACUACUACUACGGAAUUUCAAGUUUUACAUUGUUUGGCAUGAUCUUUGCUUUUCUACCAGCCCUAAAUGUGGAGCUGACUACAGAGUUCAAAGAUAUCAUCGAUGUUGCAAUCGAUUCCAUCUUGCUGACAGAGACUGUCAUCCGCUUCAUUUGUUAUCCAAGUCUUGGGGCCAUUUUUGCGGGUGAGCAGCGCUGGGAGAACCUUAUCGACUGCACCAGCGCUCUUCCAGUCAUACUUCUGGCAUCUUGA